GCUCGCUUCAGACAUCAGCUUAUCCCUUCGUGUGCUCGUGUCCUGACGAAUGAACACCCUCCUGCUGCUGCUCUCCUUCGGUUUGCUGUCCUGAAGGCAACUGCAAGGCAAGAUGUUGCUGACCCGUCUACCCAGCUCUUCCUGUUCGUCGACGGCGCUGCAGAGGCAUGCAUGCACCGGCAAGCCCCUCUUCCGCGGCGCCGGGUGCUGGAAGAAGCGUGAGAGGCUCCCCGGCUUCAGAGCCAGAGUGCCCGUCAAACCGCCGUGCGCCGCGGCAGGGAAGGGCGGCAUUGUCCCGGCCGGCGACGACGACGACGGGGUCAGCCUCGGCACGGUGAAGCUGCCCGGCAACAUCGACAUCGCUCGCUUCGAGAGCUUACUCUUUCAGUGGGGAAACAGCCUCUGCCAAGGCGCCACCCUGCCGCUUCCGGUGCCUCUCAAGGUGGACAAGGUCGAGGGCGGGAUCAGACUAGGGUUCAUCGCAGUGGAGGACGGCGCGACGCAGACGCUGGUUUACAUCGAUUGCCUGGUUUCUCAGGCUCCGGACGGCACCGGGCCGGUAUUCCGAGCGAUCAGGAACGGUCCAAUGAAGGACAAGGAGCCACCUGGAGAGCCCAGGAUCAUGAGAAGCCUCCUUGAGGCUCUCCAGAAGUGUAUUCAAAUUGCGCGAGUUUGAUAGUGUAAAUGGCACACGGUGAAGGGCUGCAAUUCCCUCCUCUGUAGUUACUGAGAGCCCAUUGAAUCCUGUUAUUCUAGUUCUCUCUUGAGCACUUCAAGAAACUGAAGAUAUAAAGUUACUUUGAGAAAGUUACAGGAAA